CUUCGCAUCACAUCUUCUGUUUCUGCGUUUACAACUUCUAAUUCUUUAAAUUUGAGCGGUAAAAAAAUGAAGAGAGCGGUCCAAAACAGCGAAAAGGCAGCCCAGGUGACGCCGAGGACACAUUGGGAGGAAGAUGUGAACUAUAAUCUACAUUUCCGAAUGAUAAACGAGCAACAAGUGGAGGAUAUCUGCAUUGAUUUCUUCUAUAAGCCUCACACCAUCUCACUUCUGACAGUGACUGUGCUCAGCCUUAUGUACUUUGUGUUUACCAGGAACGAUGAAAACUCUGACAACAACCUCCGAGUUGGUCUGUUGGUGGUUCUCUCCUUCUUCUUAGUCAUCAGUGUCCUGGCCUUUCCCAAUGGACCAUUUACCAGGCCUCACCCUGCGGUAUGGAGAAUGGUGUUUGGUCUUAGCGUUAUGUACUUCCUGUUUCUUGUCUUCCUCAUCUUUCUCAACUGGGACCAAGUAAAGUUGCUUAUGUACUGGAUGGACCCAAAUCUGCGCUAUGCCACACGAGAAGCAGAUAUCAUGGAAUACGCUGUAAACUGUUCAUCAAUUACAUGGGAGCGGAUCAUGAGCCACUUUGACAUCUUUGCGUUCGGCCACUUUGCAGGCUGGGCCAUGAAGGCUCUGCUCAUCCGCAGCUAUGGCCUCUGUUGGACCAUCAGCAUUACCUGGGAGCUCACUGAGUUGUUCUUCAUGCACCUGCUGCCAAAUUUUGCAGAGUGCUGGUGGGAUCAAGUGAUACUGGACAUACUGUUGUGUAAUGGAGGAGGCAUCUGGCUUGGCAUGACUGCUUGCCGCUUUUUAGAGAUGAGGACGUACCGUUGGGCCAGCAUCAAGGAAAUUCACUCCACCACAGGGAAGAUAAAGCGGGCUGUGCUCCAGUUCACCCCGGCAAGUUGGACCUUUGUGCGCUGGUUUGAUCCAAAAUCAUCGUUCCAGAGAUUAGCAGGCAUCUAUCUGUUUAUGAUCCUUUGGCAGCUGACAGAGUUGAACACGUUCUUCCUGAAGCAUAUCUUCGUCUUCCAGGCAUCUCACCCUCUCAGCUGGUGUCGUAUCCUGCUUGUCGGAGUCAUCACAGCGCCCACUGUACGACAAUAUUAUGCGUACCUGACAGACACUCAGUGUAAACGUGUUGGCACACAAUGCUGGGUGUUUGGGGCCAUUGCCUUCCUCGAGGCUCUUGCCUGUGUGAAAUUUGGUCAUGACUUGUUUUCCAAGACGCAGAUUCGCUCUGUGCUCCUGUGGCUGCUCUGUCUGGCACUUAUCACACUUCUGUGUUUAUAUGGGAUGGUGUGGUAUGAGCAAAAUAAAAUGAAGAGUAUGUCUCUUCAAAGUGAGAACUGUGAUGACAGCAGGGUCGUGGACUCAUAUGGGUUUGUCUCAGAUGGCUUUGCAGCUCAGAGGGAAUCAGGGAAAAGUUUACAGCCCACAAAACGGAGGAGAGGUGCCGGGAAGAACAGAUUCAUAAACGGCCAUGAUGGGAAGACACAGUAAACAACUGACACUGAGAAUUUACAACCUCCAUGGAAGACUAUGCAAGUUAAUUAUUACUGAAAAAAAUGUUUUUAGUUGCAUCAAGGUGAAAGACGGACUCCUUAACAAAACCACAACAAAAAUGUCAGUCAGCAUCCUUGAUGUAUUAUCUAUAAUUAUUGAGACCUGAGCGAGUUUGCAUGUUCUCCCUCUGCAUGUGUGGGUUCUCUCUGGGUACUCUCGGACCAAAGAAAUGCUCUAAGGUUAAUAAGUGACUCUAAAUUGCCCGUAGGUGUCAGUGUGAGAAUGCCUGGUUGUUUGUCUCUCCCAGUGACAGCUGAGAUAGGCUCCAGCCCGCUGCAGCCAUGAAAGGGAUAAGUGGUGUAAAAUAUGGAUGGAUGAAGUCCUGAGCUCAUCAGAAACAUGAGCUAAUGCUUCAUAGGGGACACUGGGAUGUUUAUUCUUCAUGACACUGUUCUAAAGCACACAAUAUGUCUUGUAUUUAUUGUCAAAGAUAUUUUAAAACACACAAAUACUUUAUAAGCAAAUAUUGUGCACUGGGUUUUCAAAGAGAUGGUGACCUUCUUUGCACUAUAAAAUUUGCAUUCUAGCCUUUUUGCACUAAACUGUUUAAAUUGUUUUCUUUGAAUAGCUGCUUUAUACUAAAGAUAAUGCCCCUAACAACUAAACUAAGGGUUAGGUUUAUUUUUGAAUGGCAUUUUUAAGUUGUUUGUUGUGAUGCAUCUUUUUACACAUUAUUAUUGCUAAAAAUAACCUGAUUUUGAACCUGUCUGUAUUAAGAUGUGCUUUACUUUCCAAUCCAGUUGGCGCCUCUGAAAGAUGAUUUUGCCUACUUCAGUUAAAAGAGGCCACCAUAUGUAGCUAUGCACAUGUUAUUCUAACUUUAAUUACUUUAAUGUCAUUAUUAUAGCUCUACAGUAUGUUUCUAUAUUAGCUGUGAUUGGUGGUGUUUGUUGUUAGAGAGCAAAGUCAGUAGUGUCACAGGUGUCCUGGUAGAAAUACUGUGACAUUAGAUGUGAUUGCACUGUGGUGACUUUCAUAAGCAGAUGAUAAUCACUUUGAUCCAAAUGAAUUAGAUGUGAUUAAAUGUUAUUGUCAGGUCAGUAUAAGCUAUUUUACUACUGUAUGUGUAAAAAUGUUUUGGAGUUUUCCAUUUAAUUGACCAAUGUUAAUUAAUUAACUCUUGCCAUUGAAUUUGAACUGAUGUUUUUUGAAUGAAACUUUUUGUAGCUAUAGCGUAUCUUAUUGACUUCCCAGUUUUGCUCCUCUUUGAAGCUAGGUUUCAUACAAAAGUGUAUUUAUUAUAAAGUAUUUUGUUUUUGCAACUAUUUGUAACUAUAUUUUGUAACUUCUAUAAUUUACUUGGUACUGAUUUGAGAUUUUGAAUGUUUU